CAUUGUCUAAUUGCUUGGGAUCAUCGAGGCCAGGUUAAAGUGACCGAUUUAUCGACCAAUGGGACCUGGAUCAACGGCUUCAAAAUCGGCCAGGAUCGUACCGAAGUCUUGCAAGACGGGGAUACGAUUGUUUUCGGGCAGUACCAAGACCACCCCAACUCAUCGUUGGAUGACUAUCGCUACAUUUACCGUCACAAAGCCACGGCUCCGCUCGGAACCGACUUAAACACCUACUAUGACGUUGGAGACCAUCUUGGUCAGGGCAAUUUCGGGACCGUGUUCAAGGCCGUCGACCGUCAAACGGGCAAGGUGUUCGCCAUCAAAGCUAUACGCUCUAAGGUGGCUAGGUGGGUACCCUCUACCCCCGGUCGAUCGCCCGCCGCCGACGACGAUGAGGAGGAAAAGUACAUGGCCCAGUUCACGCAGGAAAUUUCUGUACUUGAGAAACUCCAUCAUGUCAACAUCUGUCGAAUCAGGGAGGCUUUCUUCAAGGACCCCAUUGUCAAUCUUGUUCUCGAAUACGUGGAUGGAGGAAACCUGUUAGAUUUCAUUGACAAGUAUAACGGCUUGGACGAAGAUAUGGCACGCCAUAUUACGCACCAAAUCGUGGUUGCCCUGGCGUAUGUUCACGACCGUGGUAUCAUCCAUCGCGAUCUCAAGCCCGAAAACAUUCUUCUUACUUCGGAUUCUCCCCCUGUCGUCAAAAUUGCCGACUUCGGUCUCGCCAAAGCUGAUUGUAAUCCUCAGACGAAGUGCGGGACGCCUUGGUACCUUGCUCCCGAAAUCGCGAAGCAGCAAAAACACGAGGCUUACACUAAUCUCGUCGAUUCUUGGAGCGUUGGUGUUACUGUGUUUGCCAUGCUCACCGGCCAAUUGCCCUUCAUUCAUGACUCGACGUGCGAUGGGGAUUUCAACGUCAACAGGACCGUGCAGUGGGCGAUCCUCAAUGACGUGUCACUCAGUAAAGCAGCCAGGCACUUCGUUGAAGGUCUUCUUCAACCUCAUCCCGGAGAUCGAAUGUCCAUGUCCUACGCAAUCCAGCAUCCUUGGCUUGCCGCAUACGGUGGUGCGAUAGUACACAGGCCGGAUACCAUGAAAACGCACAAGAACACGACUAUCCUCGACGAGCCUGCUGAGGAGCCGAAGUCUCCGAACUCUAGCAAGCGUGGGCGGACUAACCAACGUGAUCGGAACGUUCGUCAGCGAGACGGACUUGAAGAGUGUAUCAAGCGCAUGUCAAUCAUCAUGGAGUAG